AUGUUCGAUUUGGUGAUUGAGAAUGGGAUCAUUGUCACAGCAAGCGAAGUCCUUCCCCUAGGGAUAGAAAUUGGCAUCAAAGAUGGCAAAAUUUCCUGUCUUGGCACUUCUCUUCCACGAGAUGCAGACACCCAAGUCAUUGAUGCAAAGGGAGGAUUCAUCACCCCCGGAGGCGUAGACUCUCAUGUCCACUUUGCCCAAAACAACAGUCCAACUGGGGACAACUUCACCACCGGCAGCCGCAGUGCUAUCGCUGGUGGAACAACCACCGUCCUGGCUUUUGCCUCUCAGCUCAAGACGGAAACCAGCGUAAUCCCUUGCUUGGACAACUAUCUCCUCCGCGCCAAAGACCAAACUUACUGCGAUUAUGGCAUCCAUCUCAUCCUCACGAACCCCACGCCUGAAAUCAUGAGCACUGAGAUGCCCCUCCUCAUCAAGCGAGGCAUCACGAGUGUCAAAUUAUACAUGACUUACGAGCCCAUGAAACUCGGCGACUCGCAACUCCUCGAUGUCCUCAUGUCCGCCCGUGCUCUUGGUUUCACAACCAUGAUACACGCAGAGAACAGCGACAUCAUCUCCCUCAUCACCGACCGUCUCGAAGCAGCCGGCCACACCGACCCCUUCUUCCACGCCAUCUCGCGGCCGCAAAUCGCCGAGAACGAAGCUACGUACCGCAUCAUCAGUCUCGCAGAGCUCACCGACACCCCGAUUCUAAUCGUGCACAUGAGCUCCGAGGUCGCCAUGAAGCAUGUGCGGAAAGCGCAGACGCGGAUGCUGCCUAUCCAUGCAGAGACCUGCCCGCAGUAUCUCUUCCUCCUCUCCGAGCGCCUGAAGGGCAACCCCCAAGAUACCUUCGCCGGCGCCAAAUGUGUGUGCAGCCCGCCGCUGCGACACGAUCCGAAAGAUCUCGAGGCCAUGUGGCGCGGAAUCGCGAAUGGGACGUUCACUACAUUCAGCUCUGACCAUGCGCCGUCCACGUACGACCAUGCCGGGGGAAAGAAGCUGGGCUUGAAAGAUGGCAUUAUGAGGUAUAGGGAUAUCCCCAACGGAGUCCCGGGAGUCGAAACCAGACUCCCUCUCCUAUUCAGUUACGCGGGCCGGGAAAAGGACUCCAGAUUGAGUCUGCAGCGUUUCGUGCAGUUGACUUCCUCGGAUCCCGCCAAGCUGUACGGCUUGGAAGGCACCAAGGGCAAUAUCGCACCGGGCUAUGAUGCAGAUUUGGUUAUCUGGUAUGGCGAGGGAGAUUUCAAGGAGGGAGUGACGAUUGAGCAGAAGAAUCUGCAUCAUGGGGUGGACUAUACGCCGUACGAGGGUAUGCACGUCAAGAACUGGCCACGGUUUACGCUGUUGAGGGGCAAGAAGGUGUGGGAUCGUGAUGGAGGUGGCAUCGUUGGUGAAGUUACAGAUGGACAGUUCCUCAAGCGGGGAAUGGGCAAGAUUGUGGUUGGGAAGCAGGGAGGGGAGGUCAAUGGUAUGCUGCCUGGAGAAAGGGAUUAUUGGUAUUAG